CUCGGUCGAGGCCACGCCCGGCUGCGUCACCGCAGUUGAUGGUUUGUGAGUGUGCUGAUUCUUAUCUCUUGGUAACCGGACUCAGAAAGAUCUCUCCUGAACUGUUUCAGGUUUCUCCCUGACCUCCCGAAAAUGACGGCGUCUUUCUCCUCUCGCAAGGCACCCCCCUACCGCUCCGAGAGUCCCUUUUCUUCUAGGUGCUUCGUUGGAAUUCUUUUGGUGGCGCUACUGCUCCUGCUUCCCAUAUCCUCCGAUGCCUGUGGUGAGCCACCAAGGUUUGAAACUAUGCAGCUCCGGGAUGUCCCUAAACCCAGUUAUAGCCCUGGGGAAAGUAUACAUUAUGAGUGUCGCCCAGGUUACCAGCCCAAGCGUCCGCCUCUUCCUACCUCUGCUGUUUGUCAGGAUGAUAAUAUGUGGUCAGUUCUCCAGGAGGCCUGUACAAGAAAACAGUGUCCUAACCUAGGGGAUCCAGCAAAUGGCCAAAUAAAGUACCCAAAUGGAAGUAUUCUGUUUGGCUCACAGGCUCACUAUGUUUGUAAUGAUGGUUAUUUCUUAAUUGGACCAAGUAUUCUAUACUGUGACAUUUCUGAAAGUACUGUGAGCUGGAGUGAUAAUCCUCCAAUAUGUGAAAAGAUUUUGUGUAAACCACCUGAAAAAAUUCUAAAUGGAAAAUACACAAAUAACCACAAGGAUAUAUUUGAAUACAGUGAAGUAGUAACUUAUAGUUGUGAUGCUUCAAAUGGAACAGAUCCAUAUUCACUUGUUGGAGAGAGCAAGCUUGUUUGUAUUGGAAAAGACAAAUGGAGUAGUGACCCUCCUCAGUGUAAAGUGGUCAAAUGUGUAUAUCCAUACGUUGAAAAUGGAAUGAUAGUCUCAGGACGUGGACCAAAAUUUUACUACAAGGCAAUGGUUGUAUAUAGAUGCAACGAGGGUUUUAAGCUUAAUGGCAGCAACAAAAUUGUCUGUAGUGCGAACAGUACUUGGGAGCCUGAGAUACCAACAUGUAUUAAAGAGUCAACUACUCCUAGUACCCAGCCUCCAAUUUCCAGUGCCUCAGUGUCAACUCCUCCCAGUUCCCAACCUCCAGUUCCCAGUGUCUCAGAGUCAACUACUCCUAGUACCCAGCCUCCAAUUUCCAGUGCCUCAGUGUCAACUCCUCCCAGUUCCCAACCUCCAGUUCCCAGUGUCUCAGAUUCCAAGCCUACUACUCAUCCAACUACGACUCUGGGAUCAAGUCGUCCAGGAUAUCCCAGUCCCAGUGAUGAAACACCACCUAAAGAUGCUGAGAGUUUAGGUGCAGGAAUCAUUGUUGCAAUUGUCAUUGGUGCACUUUUUGGCGUUGGAGUAGUUGUCUGCAGCAUCUGCUUCUGUUUUGGCAAAAAGAAGAAAGGGAAAGAAGGUAUUGCUACAUACAGCGCUUACCAGGAUAAGGCAACCACUCCAGCAGAGUAGAUGAACUAAAUGGUUUCCACAAACCCAUGUAUCAUUCAGCCAUGAAAAUGAAGGAAAUCCUGCCAUUUGAGACAAUACAGAUGGACCUUGAGGGCAUUAUGCUGGGUGAAUAAGUCAUAUAAAGAAAGACAAAUACUGUAUGAUCUCACUUAUAUGUGGAAUCCAAAAAACCAAGCUUACAGAAAAAGAAAUCAGAUUUGCCUUCAUCAGAGGUGGUGGGCUGGGGGUGGCGGUUGAGUAAAGGCGGUCAGAAAAUGUAAACUUCCAAUUAUAAGAUAAAAACGUACUGGGAUGUAAUGUACAGAUUAGUGACUACAGUUAGUAACACUGUAUUGUAUAUUGGCAAGUUGCUAAGAAAGUGGAUCUUAAAACUUCUAAUCACAUGGAAGAAAAAAAAUUUUUUGUAGGUACAUGAAGUGAUGGAUGUUAACUAAAUUUAUCGUGUAAUCAUUUUGCAAUAUAUACAUGAUCAAAUCAUGCUGUACACCUUAAACUUAUGCAGUGUUAUAUGUCAGUUAUAUUUCAAUACUGAAAGAAAAAAAUCUAUAAAAAUUAUUUGCUAGAUUCUUACAUUGUCAGGAAUGGAACUGUUAAGCUAUGGUGCUAACAUUUUAAUGUGGCUGAAGUAUAGUCACCAUCGUUUAAUGCUUCUUUGAAAUGUGUAUGAAUUUAUGUUUGAAUAUCUUGCUUGUUUUUCCUUAAAUAAUGCUUGUAUUUAUAGGGCAAGUCAACACAGUAUCCCCACUAGUAUUAAGGUGGGGAAAUAUUUUUUCUAUAAAAUCUCCAAACUCAGAGAAAUAUAAUUCAAAAUGACAUUACAUUUCAUUUGUAAAGAAAGUGAUUUUGAAAUCUUUUCUGUUCAAAGAUGAUUGCCAACUCUUACGAUUCAUUCUUCAACAAUCCCAAAAUAUGAAUUAUAUAUUGUUUAUGAUAAAAGUUUGGUUUCCUUAACUAAGAAUAUUACCAGAAAGUACUCUUACAGUUAAUAGGUUAAAAUACUAUUUUAAAAAAUCUGUAACCUCUUGGUGAUUUAGAGAUGCUAUAAAGUUUAUUUCUGGCAUUUGUUCUUUGCCCCUUUUAAUAACAAUAAACCAGUCUAAGAAAUCAAGAAGAAUUCAGCAUCAGUUGCAUGCUUCUGUACAAAGUUAGAGGGCUCUAACACCCAUAGCAGGAAUGCCAGCUCAGGACAAAGUGAACACUGUGGGCUUGUAGUUUUCUUAAAAAGAAUUCCACUCUUUAAGAGAAUUAGAAUCCACUCUAAAUUCUGUUUUUCUCUCCCCACCUGAAUAAAGAGAUGUCUUACUUUAAACAUGUCAUCUGAAUGUAGGCAGUUUUGUAGGGAAUAAAUUCAUCAGAUAACCUCAAGUUGCAUCAGAAUCUGAGUCUCACCUCAUCUGUAAAGGGCAGAGUAAAAAUGAAGCCCCAUAUUUCAGAAAAGCAAACUUAACUUUGUGGAUUUGCUGUAGGUCAUGCAAAGGGACAGGAAGAGGAAACAACAAAGGUAGCUCUUGAUGCUCAGGUGGGACAGAUCCCAGCCCUCUUCUCUGUCCUCACACCAGGCAGCGCCUCCUUCAAAUGAGCCAGUGGCCAAAGAGGAGGGACUGUCUCUCUAACUCCAAUUACAUUUUUACAUGUUUUGUUUCACACUUUUAUAGUAGUAGCACAAAUUGGGCCAAAGAAACGUUGCCUUAGAAAUAUAUGAAUAAAGAAUCAAGAGUGAACCGGAGUAAAUAUUGUUUUACUCCCUAAGGACAUGUUUGUAAGGCCAUGUAAGUGGUCCUUCCCUUUGUAGUCUCUGAUGAGGCACUUUAGGGAGAUAACUUUGAGGAGAAUAAAUUCAGGAAUUCUGAGAUAAAUAUAGAGUUGAAGUUUUGCUGUACCCUUUUCCACAUAAUUUUUGAGAAUCUAGCACUUGCUUAGAAGCAAGGGGGUGACUAUAGUACAUAUUUUUAAAAUCCUCAAAGAAGUGUUUUCAACCAAAGAUUAUUACGCUUACCAAAAUAAAUUGACUUUCAUAGUAUAGUUUCCACUUCAAAAUUAGUUUUUCUAAUUUAAUAUAUUUAUAUGUAAGAUUGAAGUAUGUGUGUACAUAUCGAUUAUGUUCUGUUUGUCAAAUAAUUUGUCAAAUAUAUGGGGACACCAUUUUUCUCUAGAAAUGUUUAUUUAAAUGAGAGAGGGAAAAGCGUAUCUGAAUUUAAAGGUUUCUUAAAACUGCAUUUUGAGAAUUGGACCUUCAGAUCUAUUAAAAAAAUAAAAUGUCGUUAUGGAGAA